ACUUACAAGUAUGAACAGGCAAAGAUUAAAGCAGAAGAUCAACUCCGUCAGGUCCCACCCCACAACAUUCAUACAGAAACGCUCUUGAGAAGACGCUGGGGAAGUAUGGGUUCAUCUCUAACAAUGCUUUUAAUGAAAUCCUCAAGAUUGGUCUGCUGAAUAAUUUCUUUUGUCAGGACCUCCAAGGAUUCUUGUGGAGUGACAACCAUCACCAUCUCAUCAACCUUUGCCUAUAGUUGCUUUGCUUGUCAACAAGUCAUGGAUUUGACAUUGUGGCAGUACCAGUUUCGAAUCAUCAUGCUAGGAGAUUCAACCGUGGGCAAGUCAUCCAUGCUGAAGCGUUACACGGAGGACCUGUUUCUGGAGUGCAUAAACCAGACAGUUGGAGUGGACUUUUACGUACACUUUCUAGAGGUGGAACCUGGGGUACGGGUGAAAUUGCAGUUUUGGGAUACAGCCGGUCAAGAGAGAUUUAAGUCUGUGACUCGUUCUUAUUACCGUAACUCAGUUGGUGGUCUUCUGGUGUUUGACCUGGGCAACCGUGACUCUUUUGAGCACGUGAUGCAGUGGCACGAUGAGGUGCGCGAGCGCGUGCAUCCGUACAAUGUACUCUUCGUACUGGUGGGACACAAGAGCGACCGAGCAAAGGCAGGAGAGCGGGCGGUGGACCGGGCCGAGGCCGAAAAACUUGCGAGCCAGUUGGGAGCUCCUUACAUCGAGGCCUCUUCCAAAACUGGUCACAAUGUGAAAGAGGCCUUUGAACUGUUGACCCGGAGGGUUUAUCAGGGUUUGAAGACCGGAGAGGUGCAAUUACGGGAGGGUUGGGACGGAGUCAAAAGCUCAGGGCCUACGAUGGAAAAUCUCCAGAGGGUGCAGAUAGACAAACCCGCUGAGGAAAAAAAGAGCUGCGCUUGUUAACUUAUGGAGCUCUUAAUAGGUCCUUAUCCUUAACACUAAGUUGGUUGGACUCUAAACAAGCAUACCUCAAGAGCCCAAGGUGUAAGAUUGAACUUAAUUCAUUUGAAAUUCAUCAUAGGAUGGAUUGAUAAAAAAAUGUAUGGUACAAAAAAAACAGAUUUCCAAAAUAUUACACAAAUAUUCCUACGGAUAAUUUUAUUAUUUUUCUUAUUACCUUCAGAAAACGAUAUCAUAAGUUAUUACACUGGAAUCAAGUGAGAUUAUUAUUUAUUUAGUCAUAUAACUCGCCAAAUAUGAAUUUAUUUUUGAUCAUUUAUUUUAAUAGUACAGACUGUACUCUUUAUAAAUCCAUAAGAUUCUGCAGAAGGUAUUAAAGAGCAAGUCCUAUGCAUUUGUAAGUGACUACAGCAGCACAUCUACAUAUCAUGUAUGUUGCCUCUAAAUAUUUUUUUUUAUAUAUAGUCAUUGUAGACAUAUUUUUAAACAAAGAAAUAAACAAAAUGGUAAAAAAGUUUAAUCUUAUCUUCAUUUGUUCUCUUUUUAUAACCUUUUAAAUAUGGGUAGGUUUCUUCAAAAAUACCAAAUUGCAAAAAUUGCAUUUUUGUAAAAGAAUUUUGUUUUUGCUUCAGUUUUUUAUAAGUAGGGUAAGGCAUGUCAUUAGCAGGGAAAUUUUUUCUCUUAAUUGACAAGAUAACUCGUCAAUGGCGGGGAAAGAGUAAAGAGUUACCCUUUUUGUCCUGCAUCUGCACCCAAUUUGAGUUUUGUAUGUGCACACCUUUUUAAUUUUUCAUUGUUUGUUUUUUUGUUUUUUCCAAAAAAUAAACACAACCUGUUAAGCGA